AUGUGCAUUCACCUCAACUUAUAUGAUACAGGCUAUAGUCUGUACUCAAAUGGUUUUCAGUCUACAAAGUCUACAAAGGGUGGGACUGACAAUGUGUUGGAGGUCACAUGUGCAAAUUUAACCAGUGGUGGAAAAUCAGAACUUCUAAAAACAGGCAGUUCCAAAUCCACACUAAAACACAUAUGGACAGAAAGCAGCAAAGAUUUAUCUAUCAGCCGGCUGCUAUCGCAGACUUUUCGUGGCAAAGAGAAUGACACAGAUUUGAGCCUGCGGUAUGAUGCCCCAGAAACUUAUUCCGAGCAAGAUCUCUGGGACUGGCUGAGGAACUCCACAGAUCUUCAAGAGCCUCGACCCAGAGCAAAGAGACGGCCCAUUGUCAAGACUGGGAAGUUUAAGAAAAUGUUUGGCUGGGGCGAUUUUCAUUCCAAUAUCAAGACAGUGAAGUUAAACCUGUUGAUAACUGGGAAAAUAGUUGAUCAUGGAAAUGGGACGUUUAGUGUUUACUUCAGGCAUAAUUCUACAGGCCAAGGGAAUGUAUCUGUCAGCUUGGUGCCCCCUACCAAAAUAGUGGAGUUUGACUUGGCACAACAAACAGUGAUUGAUGCCAAAGAUUCCAAGUCCUUUAACUGCCGCAUCGAAUACGAGAAGGUCGACAAAGCCACCAAGAACACAAUUUGCAACUACGACCCUUCAAAAACAUGUUAUCAGGAGCAGACCCAAAGCCAUGUGUCAUGGCUCUGUUCCAAGCCCUUUAAAGUGAUCUGUAUUUAUAUUUCAUUUUAUAGUACAGAUUAUAAACUAGUUCAGAAGGUGUGUCCUGAUUAUAACUACCACAGCGACACGCCUUACUUCCCUUCAGGUUGA